AUGCCUCGCCCACACGCUCCGGACCACUGCAUGAUGCUUGUCAAGCCCGAGGAAGAUGAUGUGCAUGAAGUCGAGACAACCCCCGACAUCUUCAAAGUACGGCCCACCAAACUGGGCGUCGCAGUUCUGCGAGGUCUUGAUCCCUCGAGAUAUCCUGUGGAGGACAAUACCAUCAUAUUCCUGGGGCUCGCGAGGUACAUCGGCGCUCAAGGGGGGAUCCACAAUCCUACAGGACUUGUCUUCUCCAUUCCACACAGAUAUGUGUUGCUCGAUACUAGCUAUGCAUGUUCGCUCAAGGACGUCUUCUCGUGGAGAGUUGUGCUUGUCCCUGCGGAUGCUAUUCAUGCCCACCUUCGAGAGAAAGUUCCAGAUGUGCUGGCUACGCUCGCUGCCGCGGAUUGGCAGUUCAGGUCACGACGCCCUCGCCCUGGUGCAGAGGGUGGCACGCCAGCACCAGACGAAGAUCUCGAGUUGCACAGGCGAUAUGAUAUUUAUCAACAACUGGAGCCUGCUCCAUGCCAGAGUGGAGUACGACGACAGAGCAUCAUCCGCCCGGAGUGUGGUGCGUCCCUGGCUGCAUGA